GGGCAACACAAUAACCAACCUGCAAAUGUUAUUCUACUUAUAUUUCGUGCUACAAAAAAACUAAACAAAAUGUAUCAUCUUGAUGCAUACAAACUCUUUGGCAGGAGAAGCACGCAGCUGCGUGGGGGAAAACCAAAACCGCGCAGUAGGAGGGUCUGUCUCAUUUUUACCAUUUCUUUCAGGAAGUCAACUUUAUUUGGUCAUGAAGUAAAGUGUCGUCAGGUGUAACACUCGUGUCUUCAGCCUAAAUAGCGUUUAUGGUAAACUUUACUUGCCUGGCUCCAUCAUGUCGGACUCUUUGGAACGGUCCACAAAGAUCAACUUGUUGAAGGAGCCGGUGGUAAAGAAGCUCUGUGAGGUGUUGGACAAAUCCUGCAAGAAAGGAUGGCGAAAACUUGGAGAAAUAGUCGGCAAUGACAGACGGUUCAGAGUCAGCUCAGACGACAUGGAGCUGUGCUCUCUAAAGGUGCUGGAGCUGGAGGGAAGCCCAAGCCGCAUGCUGCUGAGGCUAAUGGGAGAACGAGGCUGCACCACAGGUCACCUGGCUGACUACCUCCAAACUGUGGGGAACUCUGAGGCCCUACAGUGCCUAAAACCACCAGCCCUGCAGAUCCUCAUUCAGCCCCAGUCAGUGGCUCUUAUAUCCGGCCACAAUCUUCGGCUGAGCUGCCACGCUGUGGGCAGAUCUUCAGUACAUUACCAGUGGUUCAAGACCAAGGAAGAGAUACCAAACAGCUUCUCUACAGACCUGGUGAUAAGUCCAGUCCAUCUGAAGGACGCUGGCUUUUACAUCUGCAGGGUCAACUCUGGAGAUGCUUUUGAAUUCAGCCAAUGGGCUCAGGUGGACGUCCUGAAUGUCACCAUGUGUUGUGGGCAGAGUUAUCACUCCUUAGAGGGUCACUUGAAGAUGGUGAUCCAGCCUCAGUCCCAGAGGCUACAUGUAGGGGAGUCCCUGCAGCUGGAGUGUGGAGCGGUGGGACGGCCUAUCCCUCGAUACCAGUGGCUCAGAAAUGGCGUACCACUCCUAAAUGCCACAAAGAGGAAACUCAUGAUUCCUCACUCCAUGCAGGAUCACAACGGCAGGUAUCGCUGUGAGAUCAGCAGCAGCAAAGAGAGAAUGUGGUCCAACGAAGUGGACGUCGUGAUCGAACCGAGGAUAUCUGUCCAGAUUUCAGUGGCAUUGGAGUGCUCGGAAGAUGACGUUUUAGCCAUCGGAGAAGGUUCCAGUGAUUUUUUCCUAAAUAGUAUCCCAGAUCAUCUUUAUGCGACUGACAAAGUGGCGCUGCUGAUUGGCAAUCUGUCUUAUCAGAACCACCCGCAGCUCAAAGCUCCCAUGGUGGACGUGUACGACCUCACCAACUUACUAAGGCAGCUAAACUUCCAGGUGGUUUCACUGCUGGACCUCACCGAGACUGAGAUGAGAAAUGCUGUGGACGAGUUCUUGUUGCUGCUACACAAGGGAGUCUAUGGUCUUCUGUACUACGCUGGUCACGGAUAUGAGAACUACGGGAACAGUUUCAUGGUGCCGGUAGAUGCACCUAACCCGUACCGUUCAGCCAACUGUCUGUGUGUGCAGAGCAUCCUUAAACUGAUGCAGGAGAAGGAGACGGGCCUCAAUGUUUUCCUGCUGGACAUGUGCAGGAAGAGAAAUAUCCAUGAUGACAGCGCUCCAAACAAUAUCCUGAGGGUUACGGCCAACAUUGUCUUUGGAUAUGCCACGUGCCAGGAUGCAGAGGCCUUUGAGCUGAGCUCCAGCGGCUUCGCCAACGGUGUGUUUGUGAAGUUUUUGAAGAGGCGGCUGCUGGAUGAUGAGAAGAUCACCGUGGUGCUGGACAGAGUCGCUGAAGACAUGGGUCAGUUUGACGCUACUAAGGGAAAGCAGGCUCUAGAGAUCCGCAGUAGUCUGUCGGAUAGGAGAGCGCUGACGGAUCCUAUCCUGCCCGGAGACAGCGGUGAUCACGCCCACAGACUCCAGUGGGCAAAGGCUCACGAGCUUCCUGAGAGCAUGUGUCUUAACUUUGACUGCGGGGCUCAGAUCAAGCUGGGCUUCGCUGCAGAGUUCUCCAACGUGCUCGUCAUUUACACUCACAUCGUUAAGAAGCCCGAGGACAUGUCGUCCUGCCAGGCUCACGUCACGGACUUCUCCCGGGACCUUGAUGUGGAUCCUAAGGAGAUGAACAGAGAGACUCCAGAGGAGACGGGGAUCUACCUUCUGUCUAGCAACCUGCCCCAGCACUGCCUCUACACCAGAGUCAGCUCUCUGCAGAAACUCAGGGAGGAGCUGGUCUUCACCGUGUGCCUUCAGGGAACCUUCACCGCCAUGGAUGAUGAAUCCGUCCACUGGACCAAAAGCAUAAACAUUGGCAAGCCGCUGAUCGCCCGACUGGACCUGAACCGGGCCAUGCGGCGGAACAGCUGCCUGCAGACCUGCUUGAUUCCCCACAGCCCGUCCCACAGCCCCUGCCACAGCCCCGGGCCCGAACACCACCUGCACCUCCAAUAUGGGAUGCACCAGGCCCAGGACUUCAGCCGCCUGUCACCACAACACCACUACCCUGACGUCCACGAGCGCUUUCAGGGUGCAGUGGGGGGCUGUGGGGAUUCCUACUAUGACAACCUGAGCCAGCCUUACGAACCUUCUGCCGGACUUUUAAUCUCACCAGGCCAACACAGGAUCCCCAUAGAGGCAACAGACGACAUCAACGAGCUGCAGACCAUGUUCAUCAACAGCCUGCAUCUUCAGCAGCAGUGAAAUGGCUUCAAACAUCGUACCUGGAAAACUGCUGCUCAUUCUGUUUAGAUGUGACUUAAGGCAUUAUUUUUUUUUUAAAUGUAAUGUUCUAUGUUUUCGUUUUUUAUAUGUAUAUCUGAGUAAUAAUUGCUGCCGUUAUGUGUGGUAGAGAUGUCAAUUUACCAAUAGUUGACAGGAGAAAAGCAAAGAUAAUGGAUGGUGGUUGUCAAGAUCAGACAUAUUUUCUACAAAGCUAGAAUUGUAGGUCUUAAACAAUGUUAGUUUUAAAAAAUGAGCCAAAUGAGAACUAAAAUGAUAUUAUAAUACAGGGCUGUAUGAUUUAGGUGGAGUAAUAUGAACACAAGCCCGUGCCUGUCUUCACAUCAAGAACAACGUUGUAAACAUUUGUUCAUGUAAGUAUUUUUCUUUUGAAUGGUCCAGUCAGAUGAAAAUUAGGCUGAAGGAGAUACCUUUGCUGUACGCAUAGAAUGAAAAUCCAAGACCAUCAGCAGACAUUUUUUAAUAAAAUAAACUUAACCCUAAAAAAACA